CCAUCCACGCUCGCGCAUCAUUGCCUCCUGCCUGCCUGCCUCCCUCCUUUCAACUCCCCCUCUUCGCACUCUCUCACUCCACUACUCGCACUCCUUUCAACUCCCCUACUCACUCCCCUCUUCGCACUCUCUCACUCCACUCAUCAUCAACCUUCCUGUGUCCUCUCCUCUCCCACUCAAGAGAAGAGAGAGCAGGGCCAACAAGGUAGAAACCCAGACCACCUGGAAUGGUGCUGCCGCAUUGCCAAUUUCUACGCCGCCGCCUACACUAGCGUAGCUCCUGCUGUUCUUGCCUCGCGAGUUUCUUGCAAUGGUUCUUGCAGCUGUGCCUAUGUUGCGCGUGUGUACCUGCAGGCCCAAAUCCAUGGAGAAAUGCGCGCUCCUGCUCCCCUUCUUCUUUUUCCUGGCGCUUUCCGCCCUGCUCCCGCCGGCGCGCGCCGCGCCGUGCCACCCGGACGACCUCCGCGCGCUGUGGGCCUUCGCUGGCAACCUCACCGGCGGCGCCCUCCGCGUCGCGUGGGCUGGCGGCGGCGGCGCCGCGUGCUGCGCCUGGAACGGCGUCGUCUGCGAUGCCGACGGGCGCGUCGUGGCUCUGCGGCUCCCCGGGCGCGGCCUCGCGGGUCCCCUCCCCGCGGUCCUCGCCAGCCUCGAGCGUUUGGAGGAGCUCGACCUCAGCCGCAACGCGCUCUCCGGGGACCUCUCCCCGGUCGCCGCCGUCGCCGGCCUCCGCGCCGCCAACCUCUCCUCCAAUCUGCUCGACGGCGCGCUGCCCGACCUCGCCGCCCUCCCGGGCCUCGCGGCAUUCGACGCCAGCAACAACUCGCUCUCCGGCGCGCUCGCCCCCGACCUCUGCGCCGGCGCGCCGGCCCUGCGGGUGCUAGACCUCUCCGCCAACCGCCUUGGCGGCGCACUCCCAUCCUCCGCCAACUCCACGCCGCCGCUCUGCGCCGCUACGCUCCGGGUGCUCUUCUUGGGCUCGAACGCCUUCUCGGGCGCCCUCCCCGCCGCGCUCUUUGGCCUCACCGGGCUGCAGAAGCUCUCCCUCGCGUCCAAUGGGCUCACCGGCCAGGUCAGCUCCCGCAUCCGCGAGCUCAAAAAUCUCACCUUUCUGGAUUUGUCCGUGAACCGCUUCUCCGGCCACCUCCCGGACGUCUUCGGCGACCUCACGUCUCUGGAGAAUUUGGCCGCGCACUCCAAUAGCUUCUCUGGGCCGCUGCCGCCGUCGAUGUCCCUGCUGCCAUCUCUCCGUGUGCUUGACCUCCGGAACAAUUCCCUUUCUGGUCCAAUUGCUCGCGUCAACUUCUCCGGAAUGCCAUUCCUUGCUUCCAUUGACCUUGCUACAAACCACCUAAACGGCACACUCCCUGUUAGCCUUGCCGGUUGCCGAGAGCUCAAGUCGCUCAGUCUUGCCAAGAACAGGCUGACUGGCCAAUUGCCUGAGGAUUACAUCCAGCUCGCAUCACUCUCUAUGCUCUCGCUGUCCAACAACAGCCUGCGCAACAUCUCAGGGGCGCUUAGGGUGCUCGGUGGCUGCAAGAACCUCACCACACUGAUUCUCACCAAGAAUUUCAAUGGCGAGGAGCUACCGGGUGAUGGCAUUGGUGGGUUUGACGGCAUGGAGGUGCUGGCCCUUGGUGAUUGUGCUCUCAGGGGAAGGGUUCCUGAAUGGCUGACUCGGUGCAGAAAAUUGGAAGUGCUUGAUCUGUCCUGGAACCAAUUGGUUGGCACCAUCCCGUCGUGGAUUGGCAAGUUUGAGUACUUGAGCUACUUGGAUCUCUCAAACAAUUCCUUGGUUGGAGAGAUACCGAAGAGCUUGACGCAACUGAAGAGCCUUGUCACUGCCAGGCAGUCACCAGGUAUAGCGUUUACUAGCAUGCCACUGUAUGUGAAGCAUAACAAAAGCACAAGCGGCCGGCAAUACAAUCAGCUCUCAAACUUCCCGCCGUCGUUGUUCCUGAAUGACAAUGGUCUGAACGGGACUAUCUGGCCUGAGUUUGGAAACUUGAGGGAGCUACAUGUGCUGGAUUUGAGCAACAAUGUCAUAUCUGGGAGCAUUCCUGAUGCACUGUCCAGGAUGGAGAAUUUGGAGGUUCUUGACCUUUCAUCCAAUAAUCUCAGUGGAUCUAUUCCAUCAUCCCUAACGAAGCUCACCUUCUUGUCAAAGUUCACUGUGGCUCACAAUCACUUGGUGGGGCAGAUCCCAAAUGGAGGGCAGUUCUUCACCUUCUCCAACUCAAGUUUUGAGGGUAACCCUGGUUUGUGCAGGUCAAGUUCUUGCAACCUCAAUCUGUCUAGGGAAAUUCCUAAUGACAAGGAGAUAGAGCCUGCAGCAAGUAUCAGGAACAGGAAAAACAAAAUACUUGGGGUGGCAAUCUGCAUUGGACUGGCCCUCGCAGUAUUUUUAGCUGUUAUUUUGGUUAACAUGUCAAAGAGGGAGGUCAGCACUAUUGAUUAUGAAGAUACUGAGGGCUCCUGUCACGAAUUGUAUGAUUGUUACUCGAAACCGGUGCUAUUCUUUCAGAAUUCUGCGGUGAAGGAGCUAACUGUCAGUGACCUUGUUAGAUCGACAAACAACUUUGAUCAAGCCAGCAUAAUAGGAUGUGGUGGAUUUGGUCUGGUGUACAAGGCCUACCUCCCCGACGGAACAAAGGCGGCAGUGAAGAGGCUCUCUGGUGAUUGUGGGCAGAUGGAGAGGGAGUUCCGUGCUGAGGUGGAAGCACUGUCACAGGCUCAACACAAAAAUCUUGUAACCCUCAGAGGGUACUGCCGCUAUGGAAAUGAUAGGUUGCUGAUCUACUCGUACAUGGAGAAUGGUAGCUUGGACUACUGGCUGCACGAGAGGUCAGAUGGUGGUUACAUGCUGAAAUGGGAGUCACGACUCCGGAUUGCUCAAGGUUCAGCCAGGGGAUUGGCUUACUUGCACAAGGAUUGCGAGCCCAACAUCAUCCACCGAGAUGUGAAGUCCAGCAACAUCCUUCUGAACGAAAAUUUCGAAGCGUGCCUGGCUGAUUUUGGGCUAGCAAGGCUAAUACAGCCCUAUGAUACUCAUGUGACUACCGAUCUGGUUGGUACCUUGGGGUACAUACCACCAGAAUAUAGUCAAUCGGUGAUCGCUACUCCGAAAGGAGAUGUCUUCAGCUUCGGUGUAGUCUUGCUUGAACUCCUCACUGGUAAGCGGCCUGUGGAUGUGUCAAAAACCAAGGGAUCCAGGGACUUGAUCUCCUGGGUUCUGCAGAUGAAAUCUGAAAAGAAAGAAGAGCAGAUUUUCGACAGAUUGCUAUGGAGCAAAGCGCAUGAGAAGCAACUGUUGUCGGUCCUGGAGACGGCAUGCAAGUGCAUCAGCACUGAUCCUCGGCAGCGGCCAUUGAUAGAACAAGUUGUCACUUGGCUUGACAGUGCAUGAUCAUUAUUAUAUCGUCUUGAUUGCCCGUUUCUUUGUUUUCGAUCAAAGGCUAUGAUGUCUUGACAUGAGAUAGAAACAGAGUUGAGAAGCAAUCUUGAGUAAAUUUGGAUGAUACAGUCUAGCUGGUGUAUAUAACCGUAGUAUCAUUUCAUUAUAUUGCAAACUAGAAAAUAACUUGAGUCUUGUUUUUGUUUUAUGAAACUCAGCGUUCCUGUAAAAUAUCAUCGAUGUUCCCGUUUCUAUGUUUGUGCAGUCCAAUCUGAUCAGCAGAAUUAA